UUACGUCUGACAGAAGAAUCAGCCCAGAACCCUAAUUUUAUUGAGCAGCAAAUUUGGGACGCCGCCGAAGCAAUGGGGAAAUCGAUUAGAUCGAAGAGGGAGAAGAGGCUGAGGUCGAUUAGGAGGGAGAUGGUUGAGCCGAUUUAUGACAAGAAGGACGCCGCCAAGCUAGCCAUCCAGGAGGCGGCCCUCGCCGCUCCCAAGCUCCCAGUUAAACCCACUCGCACCGACGACGAUGCUGCUUUCUCUUUCGCCGCCAUGGAAGUCGAGACUGCCGCGGAUGAUAAUCAGAGUUCCAAAUUCCUCAAACCUAUUGGAAAAAAGCUCAAGAAGAAGAUUAAGAUUGCCAAGAAGAAGUUCCACGGCAAGGGCAAAAUCAGAAGGAAAAACUUGUAAUUUUGAUGCUAGAUUUCUCCCCUCUUUUGAAGCUUUUUGUUUUUUGAUCUAUUAAUGUUUCGAUGCUACUUUGUUGAAUUGAUGUGAGGUAUUGUGAUAGCCAAUUUGUUGGGGAAGGAAGAAUUGAAUCUACUCAUUCGUAUAAAAAAAAUACAUUUUUUCAUUUAUUUUGAUUAGUUCUUAGCUAGUACUAUUAUUUUUAUUCAGCCAUCAUGCAAAUCA